GAUAAUCUUAUACUUUAUUGUUCACGUCCCACUCAACUCACACCAGUCGCACAUAUCCAUUUGACGCCAUGCAACUCGCUACUAUGAUUGAAGAACUUUGCGCCGCAGAAUUCUCCGGAAGCGCCGUGCAUCGUCCACCUGUACACGCGGUCGGAGAUCACCUCAGUAAGGCAAAUGAAUGAUGUCAGCGGCCUCGUAGCGAGCCCCAAGGUACUAAAUAGAACUGACACACGUCACUGGUCUCUCUCUCGUUCCUUGGCUGUCCGCAAUCAGUGAUUCUUCGUGAAAAUCUUCGCGAUUCCAGGCAAUCAGGACUACAACUGUGUUUCCCGGUUCCAUUGUUUCACGUAGCCAUGGUGUCAGGGCGACGGCUCAAUUAUGGAACUACAAAUGGAACCUCGAACCGGAAGAACAUUGCUCCAAAACACGCGGAUCUUGAGAGUGGGAGGAAUCUGAGGCUGGCAAAGUUCAAAUUUAGAGAUGCAGUCUUUCGGGCCGUGGAGGGAGACCGUGUGCAUGAGUUCAAGAAGAAAUUGAAAGAAGAGAUUGAUGGACACGCGCUGGAGAAGUUCCGCAGAAGCCAAAACGACUUGAAGAAAAUCAGUAAUAAACAAGUUCGGAAGUUCUAUGAAGACCAGAACCAGCGACUCAAUGAUUGGCUCGAGGUUGAUGCAUUGGUCAUGUCAAUGGCUGACGACGUGCUUGAUUCCAUGAACCCGGCUGACCUCGAUCACGAUGGCUUCGCUGAAACAGGCGGCGCUCUGCAACGUGAGCACGAAAGCGUCGAGCACCUCUUGCCCCAAGAAGAGCGAGAAAGGAGAAUCAAGAGUGAGAGGAAAGCAAAAUGGGCGAUAAAUAUCAAUGUCAUUGCCAAUGUUCUGCUACUCGGCGCGAAGAUCAUUGCAGCCUUCUAUUCAUCAUCACUUUCGCUCAUCGCUUCCUUGGUUGAUUCGGCGCUCGACUUGCUUUGUACACUGAUUGUCUGGUCAACGAACAAGUUGGUCAACUGGAGACUGCAGCGCUUAAAGGCCAAGUUUCCCGUUGGGCGACGUCGUCUAGAGCCGUUGGGCAUUCUUGUUUUCUCAAUCCUCAUGAUUGUCUCGUUCCUGCAAAUCCUUCAAGAGUCUGUACAAAAGCUACUCCCAGGUGGUGAAAAGUCAGCUGUAGCACUUCCUGCAAUUGCAAUAGGGGCCAUGGCAAGUACUAUUGGCAUUAAAGGUAUUAUCUGGUUCGGCUGCAUGCCUAUCAAGACCACACAAGUUCAGGCUCUUGCACAAGACUGCAAGACUGAUGUCAUUUUCAAUACCCUUUCACUCUUGUUUCCAAUCAUUGGAAGCAAAACCGAUACCUGGUGGCUUGAUCCAGUUGGCGCUGCUCUGCUAUCACUCUUCAUCAUCUACGACUGGUCCGAAACGUGCAUAGCGAAUGUCACAAGAUUGACGGGUGCAGCCGCGGAUGAUAAUCUACUUCGAAAGAUCACGUACCUUGCAUAUCGGUUUUCCCCGCUUGUCGGCGCGUAUAAGAGUAUCAAAGCCUACCACGCAGGGGAUGGUGUGUGGGUUGAGGUUGACUUGCUAGUGGAUGGUGAGAGUCCACUGAACAGAGCUCACGACAUUGCUGAAACGCUGCAAUACUGUCUCGAAGGUCUAACUGAAGUUGAUCGCGCCUUUGUCACUGUUGAUUACACAUCACAGGGUCCUACAGGGCACAACUCUGAGCAAUAACGAGACUGGGCGUAGGAAUGUCCAAAGCCUUUGCUACAGAAGUGUGCAUGAAUAUACACAUUUGAUAGAAAAUCAGCCCAAUCAAUUACUUGCAGCCGUUACUUUGGCCAUUCUGCUAUCAUGAGCGUGCCGAAGUCGAUGAGUUGCCAGCGACAAGCUGUCACUGCGCUGCCUAGGAUUUCUGUGAGAUCGGCG